CGUAGAUCUUUUGGAGGAUCCACUAGCUUUAGUUAGUUAUUAUUUACAUCCUUUGAAAAUUAUCAAAGGUGUUGUCGGAGUUCAUUUAAACACUCUCACACUUGCACGGCUCUAAAUAAUGCGCCAAAUAAUUGUGAACAACUUAAUGCCAUAGACACGCUUUCCUUUCAAAAGUAGGCCGAAAAGGACUAGGCCGAUUUGGACCAGGCCCAAGGUAAUUGGGCCGAUUUGACCCAACACCCAUUGGCCAUCAAAAUGGCCGAGGAGUUACGGAUGCAAUGAAAUGUGUUUCGAUAUUUAAUUUCGUAAGAAUUCAAACAGAAUGAGGCAAGCAUGGCUGGACUUCUCAACACUGUAUUCGCAUUUCUGCACUAUUACUUUGACUACUCCAAAGGGAUUUGGCCCCUGUCAUGGUUGGGAAGGUUGAGAGUUCUGCCUAUCACAGAUGAAGGCAUGUCAAAUGUGGUUGACAUUAUUCAUCGCAUGUAUCCACAUGGUGGUGAGCCUGCCUUUCCAACAGAACAGUUGUGUGCUGAAAUUAGCAAACUUAACUUCCGAGGGAACAUUCUUAGUAUCAAAGAUGACAUGUAUGGUUUAAACCUACUUCAGCAUUCUAUUAUUGUCAAUAAUAUCAACCUUGUAGAACUUGUUGCAAGCAAAACUUCUAGCUUCUUUGAAAUAGGAUGCAAUGCCCCAAUUCAUAUGGCAGCCGCACUAGGACAUAGGGACAUUAUACAGUGUUUAGUUAAGAAAAGACCAUUUGAUUUGUACAAGAAAGCUGGCAUAUGUUACCCUGACCUGCAUGAACCAGUCUCCAACUACAGGAAAAUGGGGUUCAUGUUCAAAGAUGUAUAUCGGUGUGAAGAAGAGAAGAUGCUGCCAAUAGAAUGGGCCAUUGUUGGAGACUAUCUUGAAUGUGUUAAAUGGAUUUUCGAGCGAAUGGAAAUCAUGGGAGGUAGAAGGUUUAGUCUUUCCAAAUGUUUACACUUCUCUGCUCAAAGGGGUGCAGCUUUAUGUCUGGAAUUUUUCAUUAAGCAAAGUCCCAAGGAUGUAGAUCAUGUUAGCAAGAGUGGCGAUGUUCCAUUACUUGAAGCAGUGGUUUGGGGAAGGAAAUGUGCAAGAGUAUUGAUUGAAAAUGGUGCUGAUGUCAACAAAGUAGCUAGAAAUGGAGAUACCGCUCUUCACCGUCUGUAUAGAAACGAUAUUGAUGGCAUAUUUGCAAUUUACGAUACCACAAAAUAUCUACUAACUACCGGUAUUGAACAGCUUGUCAACACCAUUAACCAUCGUGGCGAAACAGCUUUACAUCUUUUGGUAACCCAUGUGUCAUAUAUUGGCGGAAACUAUUAUCACCCUGAAAAGCGCAGUUUGCCCCGCUGGCAGAUACAACCUGACUAUCAGGAGCAGGUUAUCCAAACCCUGAAGCUACUGCUUAGUUUUAAUGCAGACCCACACAUAUACGACGCCUUGCAUCUCCAACCACUCAACAAGUUGCUGCAUGUAACAAGAAAGGCAAGUUCACGCAAUGAUACUUUUGAAUGUGUUCAGGGGUGCAUCAAUUCCAAAUACAUUUACCGAAAUGACUUCGGCACUCUUGCCAAAGCAAUAAGUGUUCUCAUUGAAAAUGGUGCUGGGGUCAAUACUCAGUGUUCUGUUGGACAUACUCCUUUGAUUUUACUGGUUCAGACACUUAUCAACACGGAUGUUGUUUACCUUGUUCAAGCUAGUGAUGAUAUCAUAGAAGCUGUGGUAUUACUGCUGAAAAAUGAGGCUAGGUGCAAUUUCAUUUCUGAAGAUCAGAAAACAUGUUGCUCGCUAUUGGCCGAGUUAGCAAAAAAAAUAUUGCUGAACGGAUCUGAAUGGAGACACUUUGUUCAGCCAGACUCAAAUCUAGGAAAGCUUUAUCAACACCAAUAUGCUGAGCUAGUCAAUAAAAUGCUGAUUACAUUUCUAGAGCAUGGACUCAAUCCAAACUACACAACAACCAAGAAAAGCCCCCAUCUCUGUGGUGGAAGUGGAAAUGGUUUGAUUGAAUUUGUUCGUAUCACAAUCCUCGCCCGAAACAGCGACGAUUUUGAGAUGGUAUUUAUGUGGCUUCGAACACUGCUACAGUGGGGGGCAGACCCAGAUAUUGAGCCAUAUCCGUCAGAUCCAAUCAUCUGCCAUUCGCAAAGCUCCAUCUUCCUGAAGAAACAAGGUACACAGGCUGUCAGCCAAUACAUCCAUGAGAGCAGAGAACUACACACAAUUUUCGAGAAUGGCUAUGCAGAAAAGCUGUUGCUCCUGUUCUAUAAUUCAAUGGACCACAAAGUGUUAUAUGAAAGUCUAAUGACUGCAUGUUUUAUGGCUCGUGUUCAUCCACCAGGUGCCACCGGUCAGAAAUUUAUUGCAAUUCUAAAUGAGAUGGCAGAGCAGCCACGAACCCUCCAACAGAUGGCACGAGUUGCCAUCUACAAGGCUGUGGGCCGCAGGUUGCAACCUAGUGUGCCCCAGUUGCCUUUGCCCAAUGUGAUGAAGAAAUAUCUGCUCGAUAUAGAAUAAGUUCUUCCUUUGAUAAGAAAUAAUUGUAUCAUGGCAAGAGUAAAAUUUGUUGUUGUUUUUUAAUUUUGGUAACAUGGUGCAUUUCUGUUUUACUCCAGUUAAAUCUGACUUUGACAUGAAUUAAAUGAAAAAAGCAAAUUAUUUUAUUUCUUUGCCCUGACUUUAGAAUCAAAAGUAUUUAGAAUAUACAAAAUAUUAAACAGCAUGUUUUUUCUAAAACAGUCAUGUUCAAGUUCAUUUCAGAGGCAUUUCUAGGAAAUUUAAUUUGAAUAUGUCUGUGUGAAAAUGAUUCAUUUUCAAAAAGUUCAUUGUUUCGUCUUGAAAAUAGCAUGCAUAUUACGCCUUGUGUGAGAUUUAAAUUGCUAAAAAUUAUCAGUAAAAAACAACAAGAAGAACAGAAAAACAGGGACAAUGAGAAAUGGCCUCUUUCAGUAUUAUUACAUGUAUGCCUGUUUCAACUUGCCAUUUUUAUUAGAACACCGAAAUUUACAAAUCUCAUAUGUUCAAAAGGUUUUGUCAAUAAAAGAUAACGCUAUUUACUUAAGAUAUUUUCAAAUUUUCUUUAAUGAAAUUAUUGACAAAGUGUUUAGAAAGAUCACACUUAAUUAUAGAGAAUGCUGCUUAUUUUUACAGAGUUUAGUUAGUUGUGUCUGGGCUGCAACUAUGUCAUGCAAGGGUGGAUUUUAAAAUUACUUUGCACAUGUGUUCGGUACAUGAAGACGUUGUGAAGCGUGCACUUUAACAUACCUCAAAGUUGAACUUUGUCAUGCGAGGGGGGGAUUUUAAGGUCCAUUGGCACAUGUAUAAUUGGUACAUCAAGG